AACAAACUCCGCUUAAGCGCGGAAAUAAUGAGUGUGACUAGCAGCUGUGCUCUCUCUAGUUAUAAAAUGUCGCAUCUCCUGUUCCAAAGUCAGUAUGGAAAUUGCCUUAGUCCAUCCGUACUCCUCUGUUUGACGACAUGACUUCAUUCCAUUCCACCGAGACUAUUGAUCCAAGAGCACUUCCGGAAGAGGAUCCCCUCCCCGAAGUCCUUCGUGACAUGCCCCUUCCAAUGAGGGUGCUAUGUUUUUUGGCAGUCGGACGCUCCGGUCUUGAAGACCAUUGGAAGUCGCUGCAAUCAGAGCAUGCAUUUGAAAUAGUUAGGACUAGGUUGUGCUCUAUCCUGGCCAACAUUAUCACCGCAGCAGGCGUCCUCCUCGCUGCCAGUGGUGUAUUCGUCUCCACAGGCUCUCCCGUAACCUAUUUUGACUAUUCAUUGCCUGCCUCCUAUUUUCUGCUCUUCACAUCCUUCAUGCUGGCCAUGAUCGCCAUGAUGACAUCUGGCCUGAGCAUGAUACGCUGGCUCACCACCGAUCGACAACGGGCUCAAGAGCAACUCAAGCUCGGUGGCUACUUCGUUAUAUCCUACCUGUUAUCAAUCGUCACCCCCAUGUUCUUCGUUGCCUGGUCCCUGAAUUGUUUUAUCUUUGCGAUGUUGAUAGCAGGGUUUUGCUCCCAGAGCAUGAUCUUCCGCACCGUCACUGCACUUUGGCUGGUCACAUACGUCGCUAGCAUUGCAAUGAUUACUAUGGAAUUUAUGUGGAAGUAUACUAGCGUCAAUUCGCGCUAGUUGUUGCCAGUAGUUUCCAUUUUGUUCCUUCUUCUUGGAUUACCCGCGCUGACCAGCGCUUGUAUAUAUGAUCCCCCUGAUGUGUAACAACCCGGUCUGGUUAUUU